AUGCAGCCUCUUGAACUCACCCUCAUCGUCGCCGCGACGCGAAAUAUGGGCAUCGGCGCCCACGGGACGAUGCCCUGGACAGGUCUUCGCAAGGAGAUGAAGUACUUUGCGCGCGUGACGACGCGGCUUCCGCCACAGUCACCUCCUGCUUCUCUAAACGCCGUCAUCAUGGGCCGCAAAACCUGGGACUCGAUCCCUGUCAAGUUCCGCCCCCUCAAGGACCGUCUCAACAUCAUCAUCACCCGCUCAGCAGGUCCCGAGGACCCGACGCCAAUCGUCGGCGACAAAGAGCCCAUCCGGGUAUCAUCUCUAGAGCACGCGAUCCGGUACGCCCGAGCCCGAGCCGACGUCGCACGUGUGUUCGUCAUGGGCGGUGCGCAAAUCUACGCUGCAGCCCUGGAACUGUCCGAGGCCCGACGGGUGCUACUGACGAGUAUCGAGCGUGACUUUGACUGUGACACCUUCUUCCCGAUUGAGCUAAAGGGGGACAAGCCCGGAAACUGGGUCAAGAAGCCGAGGGAGGAGCUGGCGAGCUGGACAGGUGAAGAGAUUUCCGAAGAUGGUGAGGAAGAGGCAGGGACCAAGUAUGAAUUUCAAAUGUGGGAAAAGGUCGAUUAG